AUGGGACCCCCUGCCCACCGCCAGAAAACAGCGAAAAGCAGCCAAGAGCGGAAGAAGGGAAAGCCUGGGAAAGGAGACCCCGAGGAGAUCAAAGGAGGAGGAGGAGGCGGUGUCAAAUUGGAGCCGGCGGUGGCGGAUUAUUUCCGCCAGGCGCACGAAACCUUCAAGUCUGGCUUUGCCUCCGACGAGGAGAAAAGUCUGUUUGUGAGCAACGUCCUGACGGAGGCCACGGAUGUGGCGCUGCCGCUGGCUCUGGAUGCCUCCGGGUCGCUGUUCCUCCAGGCGCUGCUGCCGUCCGCCUCGGGGGUCAGCUUGGAGCCUCUACUCCGGGCGCUGCUCCCCUCUCUGCGCCCGGUCGCCUGCCACCCCUGCGGCGCCCACAUCCUGGAAGCGGCCCUGUGGAGGGCCCCCCUGCUGAUUUCGGGAGGGGACGAGGAGGCCCAGGCGCUGGAAGAGCUCCUCCUGGAUCUGGGGAAGGGUCUUCGGGACGAGCUGGCGACUUUCGCACUGGACGCCCAUGCCAGCUUUGUGGUGCGGACUCUGCUGCAGGUCCUGGGAGGGGCCCGUGUCGGCUCGGACGGGGGACGGGGGCUCCCGGGCUCAGGGUCUCUUCGUCCCCAGGCCAAGAGUUCGAAGGUGGGGAGUGAAGGACCAGCGGUAUUCGAAGUCCCCGCCAGUUUCCUUUCCCUCCUACGGGAAUUCAAAGGCUGCUUCCAGGAGCAAAUUGCAGAUUUCAUCACCAACAAAUGUUUCAGCCUCUGCCUGCAGGUGGCGCUGGAGAUCCUGCACAGGAAGCUGCCUGAAGAGUGUGCUGAGCUCUGCCGGUCCUUGAUUGGCUACCUGAGCAGCUGUAACCCGGCUGCUGAGCAAAGCAGCCUCCUGGUGUUCCUGAAGGACGCGACCUGUAGCCGGGUGCUGGACAAGGUGUUGGAGGUGUCGGAUGCGAAGGUGCUGCGCUCCUUCUACAAGGCUCACGUGAAGGGACAGCUGCGCGCCUUGUCAGCUCACAAAGUGGCCAACUUCACUUUGCAACGGCUCAUCCAGGCCGCUUCGCGGAAACUGCUGGGGCGGCUUUUUCAGGAGCUGGGCCCCGGCUUGGAACAAAUCUUGGCCCUGGAGCAUCUCGGCAUCGUCACGGCGCUCCUCGGUGCCUGCCGGAAACGCGGCGCCCACCAGCCGGAGGUGUUGCAGCUCCUCUUGGAGGCCUUCCACUGUUGGGAGCCCCCCGCCCGCCAGCUGGCCUGCGCCCCCCUGCUCGCCUCCGUCCUGGCGUACGAGGUCUACUUUGGAGAGGAGGAGAAAGAGCAG